CACACACACACACACACACGGCCGAGCGUCCGUUGAAGCCAAAAACAUUCAGCAACUUUUACCGCGGAAAGGAAGCAAACGUGGAUUUUUGUGUUGAGGACAGACGGCUAACCAGACGACAGCAGGUGUCAGUUGGAUGGGUGUGAAAAUGGAGGAGAGCAGACGAGAGGCGCCUCUAUACGGACAAGUGGAGUCUCGAAAAAUGUUACAAGCUGGAGACCACACUCCUGAAGAUGCAGAGUUUUAUGUAGUUGUACAAGGUUCAAGACUUACACAUGUGACUACAGCAAACAGAGGAAGUGAUGGACGCACUCUUUGUUUCACUGUUCCUGGUCAUGAUCGUGCAGAAGUUGUUGCUGUUACUUCCUACUUCCACACAGAGGACCAAAUUGUGUCAUGCGGGAUUGAAGAAUCUCUUGAGUAUAUCAGAGAUGUUGCCCAGGAAGCAGCAGAGUACCUGAGUGUAAACAGCGACCAGUUUGGCCCCAAGAGCUACCUAGAAGUCCUGAAGAGGUUUUCCACAUGUAUACAGGAAACAGAUGAUGAGCUUUCUGGUGGACACUUUGAUGGUGAUGAGGAUGAGCAGCUCAGACUAAAGGCCAGAGACAAGACUGGUCUCAGGCAUCUGGAUGAGAAGAUUACUCAGGCAGUGGCAAACAUGGAUUACCCUCAGCAGUGGAAAACGACUGAUAAUCAGUCUAGAGAAGCUGCUGAUCAUCAACCCAAAGAGACUCUCCUUCAUCUUGCGGUGCGUUUGGGUUUGGUCCAUCUGUCUCGUUUUCUAAUACAUCAACCAAAAGGGCAACGGGACUUGACCUUAACCAAUCAAGAGGGAAAUACACCACUGCAGCUUGCUUUAAAAUAUGGAGAACUUGGAAUCUUCAGGCUUCUGGCAACUCCUCCAGGUCUCACAGCUGGUCCGGUUCCAUGCGUGUGGUCCAACACUUCCCACAUGCUGAGAUUUUGUCCUGGGACGGACUCCCUGACCCUCACGCUGCAGCAGGCUCCCGGCGGCAACCCUCAGGACAGCAUCACGGUCUUGCGAGACAAACUAAGAGACAUUAGCAUCGUCAAAUUGAUCACUAUGCUCAGAGCUGAUACUGAAGUAUUAAAGGGUGACGAUGAAAACAUCUUACUUGAUGAAGGCUUGAGCAUGGAGCUCAGUGGAGAAGAGCACACGUUGUUGGACAAUGUUCUUGAAGAACAGCUUGUUCUCUCUUUGGAUGAAGACGAAGAAGAACACUCAUCCUCCACUGUAAAUGGACGUUUCAUGUCAUCCAGCAUCAACCAAAACCACGUCACCCAUCGCCCUGGUCUGUGCUCCAUGAUCCACAGCGAUGAUCAAACCGUCCCACAGCAGGCACAGGUGGAUGAUAUUGACAUGAUGUGCAGCAUCUGGGGAGUGACGACUGACAGCACAGGGACAGAGAGCGGGUUAUGGGACACUGUAGACUCUCUGGAUCUCCUCCCGGCCACUGACACACCGCCGCCUUAUUCAGGAAAUUCUGAAGCCUCCUUCCUCCCGUGUUCACCUGCUGACCAGGCUCUCACCAGGCUAAGCCACCCCAUCUCCUCUGAGCUGAUGAAUCAGAGAGACAGCCCACCCAUAGAGGAAUAUGACCUCAGUCCCAGUCUGGUGGCCCUGGAAAUGGACAGUGAGGAGGACAGCCCUGAUCCGCAGUCAUCAAUUUCAACCAAAUCACCAGAUAGUGAUAAAAAUGAAGAAAAAAUGGAAAACUUUGGUUCUUCUCUUGACCUUACCUGCACCCGCAGCCAGUCUACCUCAUCAGCCUGUGACCCCACCCUAAAGGAAUUGGGUGACCCUGGGAUACGACUUCGCUCCUACUCCUACUCCACACCCAAAAUCAGUUUUCGUCCUCGUUUUUCCAGGGAAAAUGCAACUCCUGAUAUCAGCACUGAUGCCGCCCUCCAGAGCAUCAGCUACAGCCGAUCUCUCCUUCAGGCCCUCUCUCUGUCUAAAUCUCUGUCUCUGCUUCACCCUGGUAAGCAAAGAGCCACCAGCGUAUCAGAGCACUCGUAUGAGAAAAGGGAGAUUAGUCUCCUUAAGCGCACACAGUCUGCUGAUGAUGAGGAAAGUGUCGAUCUGACAGAGUCCCUCCAGCAUCUCACUUUGUCCGAGUUCCUCAAAGAAAUUGAAGAAGAAGAGCUGGAUAAGUAUAAUAUACCAACUAAGGUGGAGUCGGAUAAAUACAAAGUCAUUCGGACCUUCAGUUUCCUGAAGAGCAGAAUGUCAAGUACACGCAACAAGACAAAGGGAAAAGGGAAGGACAGGGAGACGAAGGACAGGGAGACAAAGGACAGGCAGGUGAACGGGCAUCGCUUUUCUACAGGCUCCUGUUUGGGUUCCACCGUGUGUGGGGUGUGUGAUAAACCUGCAUCUGGAAAGGACCUUCUGCAUUGCUCAUGUUGCACUGUAAUCAUUCAUAAGAGCUGUAAGGAGUCUGCCCCUCCAUGUUUGAAGAAACUUCAUGAUAAGUACAGCAUUACUGCUGUGAAGAAUCGGACAGCAUCUCUUCCACAGAAUUUCACAGUGAGGGACAGUUCUGCUCCAAGUGUGGUCUCCAUCACUACUGCUCUUCCUCCCACGACCUUGAAAGAGAAGAUGGAGACCAUGACCAGUACAUGCCCCAACUCUGGCAGUCCUUUACCAAACAGUGACAGUGGGGCCAGUGAGAGCCCAGAGGCAGAAACAGAUGCAUGGAGGGUAAUGAGCCAGUCAGAGGAGAUCCUGCCGUCUCCAGUGUGCUCCACCUCCACUGACUCUUCCUUUGCAGAAGAUUGUGUGGAUGCAAUUAUCCACAGCGACAUCAUGGCCGAUGCCGUGGAUUACGAGGCUGAGUCAUGGAGUCUAACAGUAGAGCACAAAUUCUGCAAGAAGCAGGACAAACGAGCCGUCAAAAGGCAGGACGUUAUCUAUGAGCUGAUGCUGACAGAGCUUCACCACCUACAAACUCUGCACAUCAUGGCUGAGAUUUUCCGCCGAGGGAUGAGGGAAGAAGUGCAGCUAGAUGCAGAAACGGUAGAGCGGGUCUUUCCCUGUCUGGACCAGCUGCUUCUCUUCCACCACAACUAUUUCAGUGCCAUGAGGGAACGGCGGCACGGCUCAGCCCAACCCCAGGGACACAGGAACUACCUCAUUCAGCAAAUAGGAGACAUCCUGCUCCAACAGUUUUCAGGUGAGAAUGGAGAGAAAAUGAAGCAGAUUUAUGGAGACUUUUGCAGUCGGCACAAUGAAGCGGUUAGCUUCUUCAAAGACCUUCAACAGCAUAACAAGAGAUUUCAGAGCUUCAUUAAGCAACAAGGUAAUAAUUCCAUGGUGAGACGCAGGGAGAUCCCCGAAUGCAUCUUGCUGGUAACCCAAAGGAUUACAAAGUACCCAGUGCUGCUGGAGAGAAUUCUGCAAUAUACCCAAGUGGACACAGAGGAACAUAAAGACCUGUCAAAAGCAUUGGCCCACAUUCGGGAGGUGAUAACAGCUGUAGACCUGAAGGUCAGCGAAUACGAGCGACAUCAACGCCUGCAGGAACUGUGGAACCGCAUGGAGAAUCGCAGCGCUGCAAAGCUGAAGAACGGGCAUAUAUUCCGCAAACAGGACAUGAUGAGACCGGGACAAAUACUCAACCAUCAGGGCGUGCUCCUGUGGAAGACUGCCACGGGUCGACUAAAAGAUGUCAUGGCCCUCCUCCUCACAGACACGCUCAUCUUCCUACAGGAGAAAGACCAGAAGUACACAUUUGCGGCUGUGGACCAGAAGCCACCAGUAAUCAUGCUGCAAAAAUUAAUUGUGCGAGAAGUAGCAAAUGAGGAGAGAGGGAUGUUUUUGAUCAGUGCAUCAACUGCUGGCCCGGAAAUGUACGAGGUUCACACGUCCUCCAAAGAUGAACGGAACAUGUGGAUGCGGCUCAUCAGAGACGCUGUAGAGAGCUGUCCGGAGGAAGAGGAAGAAUACACAAGUGAAUCUGAAGAGGAGAGGCGUGCUGCAGAUGCUCGUGUUCAGAAGAUCCAUAAAUUACAAGAGAGCCUAAUGAGUCAGGACCAGCAGAUCUGCUCCAGCCUGGAGGAGAAGCUGCAGAUCUACACAGAGCUCGCAGCUCUGAGUGGGAGAAUGGAAGCUCAGCCUCUCGAACCACAACUUCUUGUCCAGCCGCACGUACAGGAGCCGCCCCAAGCUACUGCGCUGCUCGCUGCAGCUUUGCAAGAAGUUGAGAACCUAAAAGCCACUCUGUCCAGCCUCAGUCCGGACUCCGAUACAGACUCGGUGUCUUCUGUCAGUCCUCUGACACCUUUGCAGACACCCUCAGACUCUGAUAACUCGCCUGUAGACCCUGAGGCCAAUGAGGAGAGCUGGUCUGGGCCCUUUAUACUUUCACCGCUGCCUCACCUACAAACACCAGACACGAAUGACAUCAACUGCAAGGUCACUCAGAGUGUCCAAAGCCUGACCCGGUUACUCUACAGCCUGCAGGCCGCAGUGACCAUCCAGGACAGCUGCUAUGAAGUCCAGAGGAUCCUCCUCCAGGAGACAGAACGGCUGUCUCCCCGUGCCCAGCGACCACACCCUUCGAGCAUCAGGGGCAACACCCUACAAGAACAGGAGAAACAACGUAACCUGGAGAAGCAGAAGGAGGAGUUGGCGGAGGCACAGCGCCUUCAGGAUCAACUGCGCUUGGAGAAAGAACGCUGGGAGAAGGAGUGCCACACCAGGCGGAACCAGCAGGGGGAACAGGAGAGCAAGCUGGAGGAGAGGGAGAGGCAGUGCCACCUGGAGGCGGAGAGGCUGAGGCGUGAGAGGGAAGAGCUGGAGGAACAGCUUGAAGAAUACCAGCAGAACCUGGAGCGGCUCAGGGAAAGCCAGAGGAGUGUGGAGAGGGAGCGUGAGAGGCUGGCGACCCAGCAAAAGCUGCUCCAGAGCUGGAGGCACAGCCGGCAGAGGAGCCUGCCCUCCGUGAUCCCUCGCAUGUUCAUUCACCUCGAUCCUCAGCAGGGCUCACCAACAAGUCAAUCCAGAGUCCUCGCCACCAACGGCUCCGUGUAUUUGAACGAGGCUACGUUUGCUGGCCCCAGCAUCAACAACUGCCACCACAAAGGAAAUGAUCCCAGCACACAUAAUUGUCUUAACACCCUGCUCAUGAGAUCUAACAGCAGACAGUCCUCCAGUCCCAAGACCCCCCACCCACAUGUAGACUCAGAAAGAUGGGCGGCAGGGACAGGAUAUCUCAACACACCUGCAGGGAGGAUGAAACAGGAGCACACAGGCAGUGAUCUGAACACCCACAAUUACAUCAGGGAAGUCUGGUCAUCAACAGCAACUGCAGCUCACUCGUAUCCGGUACACACGAAUCCCUGUGGCCCUCAGCUGGACCUCGAUAUGCUGGUUUCUUUGGAAACAGAGAGCAGUGGUGAACAAGGGAGCGAGGAAACCAUUGUGUACAUCUGACCAGAGAUACAUUUCAACACUCUAGAAUGUCAGCCCAGGACUUUGAGAAUAGACUUUCUACUGUCACACCCAGAGUGGGUUUCAAGGAUUUCAUAUGUUUAUCUAUCGAGAGAAAGAAUUCUCGAUAUAAACAGAGGAAAAGCAAAACCCUGCACCAUGGCACAUAUUCAACUAUAAAUAUCAAAUCCAAAAUAAUACAAAGUGGAAAUGUGGACACCCCUUAGUAUAAUGCACCUAAAUAAUCACUUUUACAGCCAAUGUUCUUUCAAUAAGUCGAGAUGGAAGCAUGAGCGUUUCACUGAAUAUCACGUCACUGAACAUUGAUCACUGGACUUCAUUUACAGCAAUGAUGACGAAAAACAACAGAAAAUAGUAUGGUAGUCUCUUAUAAAUGGUUUUAGAUUAGAGUGAGUUUGCAAGAAGGAGACGACUCAUGAGGGAAGCUACCGAGACAUCCAUGAAGACGACUCUGAAGGUGUUAAAGUCAUCUGUGAUGGCGGUAAAAGGGACUGUGCACGGUGAACGUGCCGUCUGUUGCAUCACCACUUACACAACUUCAUGGCAGAGUGCAACAGAGAAGGAUUUUCUCUAAAAAGGAAUUUCAGCAGCAGUUUGCCAGAAGGCACAUGGGACAGUCUGGGUGUUUUUUUUAAUGUAAUUCCUUCUGUGUUCUACUCUGCCUCAAAGCGGUGACUGUUGAUGCAACAGCUUAAAAGUGUUCACAGUGUUCAUAAUCCCUUGAAAGUUGUCACAGGUGUCUUGGUGUUUGUUUGUAUAUAUAUAUAUAUAUAUAUAUAUAUAUAUAUACGAGGUCUGUCCAUAAAGUAUCGUACCUUUUUAUUUA